CUGUUUGUUCAUCUCCGUUACUCGCUCUCUUCCUCUUCCCCACUCCCUCGUGCCCAUCCAUCAUACACCAAGCUCGCGUUGCUGCACAACCCCAUAAUCGCCUCUUCAUCGCCCUGUUGUUCUCUCUCUCCUCCUCUCUCCCCUCUCUUCCCUCACUCCUUCGACUCCCCUCACUCCCCUCACUCCCCUCACUCCCCUCACUCCCCUCACUCCCCCCACUCCCCUCACUCCCCUCACUCCCCCCACUCCCCUCACUCCCCUCACUCCCCACACUCCCCUCACUCCCCUCACUCCCCACACUCCCCUCAUUCCCCCCACACCCCUCACUCCCCUCACUCCCCUCACACCCCUCACGCCCAUCCAUCAGAGAUGGUGAGCUUUCAUGAGCUUCAGGUGAGCUUUCAUGAGCCUCAGGUGAGCUUUCAUGAGCCUCAGGUGAGCUUUCAUGAGCCUCAGGUGAGCUUUCAUGAGCCUCAGGUGAGCUUUCCUGAGCCUCAGGUGAGCUUUCAUGAGCCUCAGGUGAGCUUUUAUGAGCCUCAGGUGAGCUUUCAUGAGCCUCAGGUGAGCUUUCAUGAGCCUCAGGUGAGCUUUCAUGAGCCUCAGGUGAGCUUUCAUGAGCUUCAGGUGAGCUUUCAUGAGCCUCAGGUGAGCUUUCAUGAGCCUCAGGUGAGCAUUCAUGAGCUUCAGGUGAGCUUUCAUGAGCCUCAGGUGAGCUUUCAUGAGCCUCAGGUGAGCUUUCAUGAGCCUCAGGUGAGCUUUCAUGAGCUUCAGGUGAGCUUUCAUGAGCCUCAGGUGAGCUUUCUUGAGCCUCAGGUGAGCUUUCAUGAGCCUCAGGUGAGCUUUCAUGAGCCUCAGGUGAGCUUUCUUGAGCCUCAGGUGAGCUUUCAUGAGCCUCAGAUGAGCUUUCAUGAGCCUCAGGUGAGCUUUCAUGAGCCUCAGGUGAGCUUUCAUGAGCUUCAGGUGAGCUUUCAUGAGCCUCAGGUGAGCUUUCAUGAGCCUCAGGUGAGCUUUCUUGAGCCUCAGGUGAGCUUUCAUGAGCCUCAGGUGAGCUUUCAUGAGCCUCAGGUGAGCUUUCUUGAGCCUCAGGUGAGCUUUCAUGAGCCUCAGGUUAGCUUUCAUGAGCCUCAGGUGAGCUUUCAUGAGCUUCAGGUGAGCUUUCAUGAGCCUCAGGUGAGCUUUCAUGAGCCUCAGGUGAGCUUUCAUGAGGCUCAGGUGAGCUUUCUUGAGCCUCAGGUGAGCUUUCAUGAGCUUCAGGUGAGCUUUCAUGAGCUUCAGGUGAGUUUUUACGAGCCUCAGGUGCGUUCAUUUAAGCUUCACCCCGCUUCCCCUCAGGGCAAUGAGGAAAUCAAAUCUGCGAGUGACCUGAGGGAAGCCCUGACUCGCCUCGGCUCCAUCCCUGCUGAUGACCUUCAGCUCUCCGCUUCCCUCCUCUCGUUUCUCACACCUCCCUCCCCUCCUGUCCAUCCAUCCCUGCUGUCUGGCCUGCUGCUGGGCAUGUUUUGA